CUUGAACAUCGUGACAUGUCCGAGUCAAUGUUUGCUGUAACUCGGCUAAAAGUAACUUUGUACCCGAAUCCGGAUGAAACAGAAAUCAACUACCCUGAAAUCCGGACGAAUCAGGGUGCAGUUCUCAUUUCACGUACCAGUUCAGUGUGAAACUAGUUAGUAUUGGCUCUUGGUCAAGAACGGGCUUACCUCUCCUCCGCCUUUCUUCUGGCCCGUCAUAGCGCCUCCUAGAUCCUUCGUUUUGGGCACAUCCGCAUGGGCUCGCACGCGGCGGACUCGCUGAGUCCGAUAGUAUCACCCUCGAUUCUCUCACAAUCCGACCUCCCUCGUUUUUUGGACAGGCCACUAACCCUCCCCGCUCCGCGUUCCCGCUGCUCGCCGAUUCAAUGCCCUGGCGGAACACGCGCGCAAGGGCGCGCGCGGACACUGGAUAGUACCAUUGCGCCCGCGCAAAGUCCCAGGCGCAGCAGAUUAUCCCCCACUUCCCCCCAAUCCGCGGUAGUAGGCCCUCCCGCGCGAUGGGUGGAAGCACUCAGCAGCAGGGGGAGUGAUCGCGCGCUUUUCCCAUCGAAUCUCUCUUCCGACAGCUCCUUCUCCGCGCUGCUUUCCCCCGAUGGCUCCGCCUCCGCGGUUCUUUCCCCCAGAAGCUCCGCGUGGCGCCCCGCCGCGCUCACCCCCGUGCGCAGCCCGCACGCGGCGGCAAUCCGCCAUAAAGCGACCGCGUCGAUAGAUAUGGAGGAGCUUUGGGCGGAGGUAAGUUUCGAGGAAAGCGCCGCGCAAGCUGCGGAUAGUAGCGCUGGCGCGGGCGGGGCUGGCGGAGAUGGCGCGGAAGGGCGCGGGCGGUGGAAGGGCGGGCACGCGCGUAACAUCUCGUUCUCUGACUUCCGGUCGUUUUUAAAAGACAAAACGCGCGACGGCGACACGAAACUCGGCGGCGCUGACGCCGCUAAACCCGGCGCUGACGCGGCUAAUUCCUCAAAGAAGCAGCAAGAUAGCGGCGCGGCGGCGGCAGCGGCGCCGCCGCCAGCAGCCCGACGUCGCGCGACGCUGUCGCGCAUUUUCUCCAGCCGCCGGGAUCCUCUCUCCGCAUCUCCCGCCGCGUUUGGCGGCGCGUCUAGCGGCGCCGCUCCGGCCCUCAUCCCCACUUCCCUCUCCUCCAUGUCUUUCCGAGGAAUACGGGACACGUCAGCCUGCGAUGACGUGUCGCCGCCCGGCAGCGUCGUGCGAUGCUCGUCUGUGGAGGCCAACCCUGCGCCGCGCUCUCCGCGUUUUGCGGCGAGCGACAGCAUCGCCGCCGUGCCGAAAUCACCGAGGGCGCGCAGCCGAAGCUUCAGGCGGGAUGGCGGAAACGUUCCCCGGAAAUGGAACUCCGGAAAUUCGGGGGCGGCGGGACCGGCCGGAAAGAGUUUGAGCGGGAAAGAGCCGGUGAUGGUCGUUCCGUUCACGCGACGCGCCAAGGUCGCGUCGCCGCAAGUGGCGGCGCGUCAAGUUGCGGAAGCGGGGGAGGAAGGGGAAGCGGACGCGGGGGGAAAAGGGGAAGAGGGGGGAGAGUCGGACGACGAGCGCGGAGAGCAGGGGGGAGUCGCGGCGUCCUCAGGUCCGCGCAUCGUCUUCCGCGUGCGGAGCCCGCGGCGGGACGAUGGGCGGACAGGAAUGGCGCGAGGAGCGGAGGAAGCGCGGGGGGAAGCGGAGGAAGGGGGGGCAGCGGUCGCGUCGUCUGUUCCGCUCGCUGGUUUCCGCCAAAGGAGCUCGUGGGGUUUCGCGGGGCGGAGUGGAAUGGCCCGGCAAGGGGGGGGUGCGGAAUGGAGUGGGGGGAAAGCGGAGAGCGCGGGGGGAGCGCUGCUCGGAACGGAGGUUGCGCGCCGAGGCCCCGCUGAAGGGAACGAAUUGGGGGGAGCUGAGAACGAUCGGGAGAACGUGUGCGACGGAAAUAUCCAAGGUCCGGGAAGUGACAGGCGCGGUGGAAGUGACGGGCGCGGUGGAAGUGACGGGCGCGGAGCGGAAAUAGUGGGCUCGUUUCGCGAAAUGGCGUACCCGUGGCGAGUAGAGAGCCUAAGUGACGGUAUGGGGUCUUUAGAAGCCGAGGCGGCUGCACUCGCUCUGCCUGUACUCGGAGAUUUAGAAGCAGAGGCUGCUGCGCUCGCGCUGCCGUGCUCUGCAUUCUCUCACGCUCUGCCUAUACCCGGAGAUUUAGAGGCAGGGGCUGCUGCGCUCGCGCCUUUAGAAGCAGAGGCGGCUGCGCUCGCGUUGCCGCGGGGACGUGAUCGCGCGGCAGGGAUUGUAGGGACGGGGAGAGGGGGGCAGGGGGAGGCGGAAGGAGGGGGAGGGGAGGGGGAGGUGGAGGGGGGGAGGGGGGAGUCGUGUUGGCGCAUGUAUAGUUUGAGCAGCGGUAUUGGGGAGGUAGAGACGAGCGGAGAGGGGGAGGGAGGAUCUGAGACGGCGUGGCACAGGGAGGCGGAGGGGAAGGGGGAGCGGGAGGGGGAGCGGGAGGGGGAGCGGGAGGGGGAGGGGAGAACCGAGAUGGCGUGGCACAGGUGCAGUUUGAGUAGCGGCAUUGGCGUGCUGGACACACGAGGGAAGGGAGAGGGGGAGGGUGAGGGGGAGGGGGAGGGGGAGGGGGAGGGGGAGGGGGAGGGGGAGGGGGAGGAUGAGGGGGAGGGAGAGGGGAGAGCUGAGAAGGUCUGGCGCAUGGCGAGUCUAAGCAGUGGCAUGGGCGCCUUAGGAACGAGCGGGGAGGGGCUUUCGCCGAGGGCGCAAAGAGCGGAGAUGGCGUGGCGCAUGUGCAGUCUUAGUCAUGGCAUUGGGACGCUUGCAGAAAACGAAUGGAGGAAGGAAGAGGAAGGAGAGGGAGGAGAGGAAGGAGGGGAGUCAGGAGAGGGGAAGGAGAAGGGGGGUCAUGGGGGAUCGGAAGGAGGGAGAGGGGAGGGGAGUGAGGGAGUGAGAAUCAGGUCUGGAAGGAGAGGAAGGGUUGCGAGCUGCCGUAUUGGCGGAUGGGGUGGGAGAGGAGGGUGGAGAAGAGGAGGAGGAGGAGGGGGGAGAGGAGGAGGAGGGGGAGGAGGGGGGGAGAAUUUGAAGGUUGGGGGAGUAGAGACGGGAGCGGUAGAGAGGACGGACGACAUGCCGAUUGUGAGGUACACUAACGAGAGUGAGAGUGAUCAAGGUGAAAGGAGGGGUAGCGGUGCAGGGGGAAGGGGGAUUUUAACCACCAAUGGGAGAGGAACAACAGAGCAGCAGCAGCAGCAGCAGCAGCAGCAGCACGGAAGGGAAGAGCAGACGCAUAUUGGAGCAGGCACAGCAGCAGGCACAGCAGCAGCAGGGCACGCAAGUGACUUGGCGCAGAGACUUCUCCAAGACCUUGCCACCUCUUCCCCUCCCCCCUUCCGCUCCGCUUCCCCCUCCGAUUCCCCCUCUCCCUCCGCCCACCCCUCCUCCCCCGCCUUCCAGUUCCCCCGUCCCCCAGGGCUCCUCUCCCCCUGCUCCUCCUGCGCGAAUCCGGGGGACAGGAGGACGGAGGGGGAGAGGGGAGCGGGAGGGGGAGGCGUGCAGAGGAGUGCGAGCAAGGCGCAAGUCGACCUUUGUGAGGCAGGGGAACAGGGUGCGCGUGUGUUCGAGAAUUCUCAAAAGCACCCUGCAAAAUCAAGGGAACAGGGUGGGCAUGUGCAUGGAGAUGGGGGGGAGGUGCAGUUUGAUUCAGAGCAGCCAGGUUUCGAGCAGGGUGAAGUGGAGGGUGAGGAGCAGGGUGAGGAGCAGGGUGAAGAGGAGGGUGAGGAGGAGGGUGAAGAGGAGGGUGAAGAGCAGGGUGAAGAGGAGGGUGAAGAGGAGGGUGAAGAGGAGGGUGAUGAUGGAAGGAACAGCGAAGGGCGAGAGGAGCACUGUGGGGCAAGGGAGCAAGGUGGGCGUCUGCAUGAGGAUGGGAAGGAAGAGCUGCUAGCAGCAGCAGCAGAAGCAGCGGGGAAGGCAACAGGAACAGCAGGAGAAGCAGCAGAAGCAGCAGAAGCAGGAGAAGCAGGAGAAGCAGCAGAAGCAGCUGCAGCAGCCACGGAAGGGGUAGCUUCAGUUGCAGCAAGAGCCAGAGCAAAAUCAAAAGCAGGAACGGGAACAGAAAAAGAAGGGACGUUACCAGCACCACCGUCAAUAGAAGGACGAGCAGAGGCGCUUGUCAAGGCCGAAGACCCUGCAUCGGUAGCCGACACACAAGCAGAUGCAAGAGGCACUCUAAAGCUAGAGCCAGCAGAUAGCACAGGGGCGAAAGACAGCACCAUAUGCCAGCACAGCACGGCCGAAGCAGAGGCGAGAGCAUUGAAAACUUUCCACCAUAUGCCCUCGGAUUCUGAAUCGCAGCAGCCUCACAUCACAGACCCGUCACUAAUGGGACAGCAGUCCGUUGACUCCAAGCCUUCUAAAAGGUCUGGUCGGCGGGUGCAGUUCAGUGAGGUGGUGAGGGUGAGGCGGGUGUUGGUUCCCUCCCACAGCACAGACUCUGCCGGACCUGCUGCCGAGCCUGCUGACGAGCCUGGUGGUGGAUUUGGCGCAGAACCUGGUUCUGAGCCUGCCGCUGUGCCUGCUGCUGAGCCUUGGAGUGCUGCUGCUGUUGCUGAUGCUUCUGCUGCUGUUGCAGUUUCGGCCGUUGGUGGUGGUGCUGCUGCUGUUGCUUCUGCUGCUGCUGUUGCUGCAGUUGAUGGUGGGGGGUUGUUCGUCAACAGCAGCACUGUCACGACUGCUGCUGACUCGACAAUCCCAGGAGCCAAUCCUGGCGGAGAGGGGGGCGAGAAAGAGGGGGAGGUGAAUGCAGAGAAGCAGGGCGCAAGGAGGCAAGACGAUAGCUGUGAGUCAGCAUCCGCGAGUCAAACGGUUGGAUCGAAAUCCAACGGUCUAGAUCUGCCAGCACUUGACAAGUCUCACCCUGCCAUUGAUGCGUCUGACCCUACACAUGCCGCCCCUGCCUUCGACCCCCCUUCCGCCUCUACCAAGCCUACAUCUGCCAAGGCAGAACCCACCCACCCUCUCCUCCUGUCCGUCGCAUCCCCUUCCCCCCUCCCAUCCUUCAUCCCAGCCACCUCCUCCCUUCCUGUCCCGUCCAUCUCACAGGAAUUGGACAAUCACCAAUCACCAAUCACCUCUCUCUCUCCCGCCCUCCCUUCUCCCUCCACCCUCCCAUCUCCCCCCUCCCCAAGCCCUCGCAAGCUCCUCUUCUCUCUCGCGCGCUCCUUCUCCCGCUCCCGCCUGAAAACCUUCAUGUCUCCCCUCCUCUUGAGUCCCUCUAAGCGUGGUAUGGAGGCUAGCGAGGGGCCACCAGAGGGAGUGUGGGAAGGAGAACAGGGAGCAGAGUGUAAACCUGCAGGCGAUUACAGCGAGGCAAAUGUAGGAGUUUUUGCUGGAUCGGCAAGAGACGCAGCCUUGGAAGCACCCCAGAAAGCAGCUUCCGGGAUAGGUUUGUUAACAGACCUAGGAGCAGGCUUGGGAGGGGGUUCGGCAACAGGUUCGGGCCAGUCCGGGAUUGUUCCUCGUUCGGUAUCUGCUGUGGAUGCGGGUCAUGUGGAUUCCAAGGCAAGACAGAAAUGGAUGCGGGUUCUGCGCCUCCCAAAACCAAGGGCCUUGGGAAGAGCGGCGUUGGGCUGAGCUGGGCUGUUUAAUUCAAACGGCACGGCGACACUGCAAUUCGGUGGAUUGUUGGUUGUGGCAGUAAGAUUUAGAAAUUGCCACCCGAAACCAAAAACUCGGAAGGAAACAAGAAACUGAAUGGAGGUGAGACGAGAUAACGCAAUAUUUAUUCAUUCAUUUUGCUGAGUGAAUGUACGUUGCUCAGAGCCGUCUAUCCUAGUAGCAUCCUGUCUCCGCUUUUAUAGCAGCUCGCUAUGUUCGCGCCGGCGGAACCUCAGAGCCCCAUUUUCUCACCCUCAAUAUUAUCACCAUCCGACUCGGAUGACCUCUCGCCAGUGUUGGGCCGGCCACUCACCCUCCCCCCUCCGCGCAUCCGGCGCUGCUCACCCCCGCAGGACUGCUCUGGCGCAACCCGCCGCCGUGCGCGGACCUUGGAUGCCGCCGCCAUCGCAAAGUUCCCCCCUUUUUUUUUGUGUGCUCGCGGGUUGUUGAGGCCACUUGUCAGGCAGCCAACCCCUCAGUUUCAAUCGGAAAAUUUCCACCCUGCAAUUUGACGGCGAUUCGCCUGCGCAAUUUCGCAGGUGCAUUACAGGCCGAUUUCGGAUAGUUUUCAACCCGUUAUAUCACAAAAUGCAUUAUUGGACUUCAAAUUCACUAUUUUAGUCCUAUGUGUAUAUACAAAUUUAUACAAAACUUGGUUGUGCUGUACUGUUAAA